AUGGCUACUGCUCAAGUUUCCAAGCCUGCUGCUCCUCCAAUGGACGACCCAAAGGAGUCCCUUUUGCCUGGAGAACACACUCUUCCAGCUUCCUGGUGGACGUCAGACAAGGUGUUUGAAUUGGAAAAAAGAGCCAUUUUCAACAAAUCUUGGUUGUUCUGUAUCCACGAAUCGAGAUUCAAGAAAGCUGGUGAUUACUACUCAUUCAACUUUACCGGUAUCAAUUUUUUCGUUAUCAAAUCCAAGACUGACGGUAAAUUGAGAGCUUUCCAUAACGUCUGUCGUCACCGUGCUUACCCUGUUGUUCAGAAAGAAAAGGGUUCUUCUACUGUUGUUGGAUGUAAAUACCAUGGUUGGAGUUACAACUCGGAUGGUUUAUUAACCAAAGCACCUAAGUUUGAUAACGUGGAAGGCUUUGAAAAGUCUGAAAACUCUUUAUUUCCAAUAAAGACCCAUGUGACUCCUCAGGGUUUGGUUUUCGUUAACUUCUGUAACGACCCAGAACAGUUUAUGGAGUUUGAGGAGUUCUUUGAAGGUGUUACAGCCGAAAUGAGUGAAUUCGAUUUUUCCGAUUACGAAUACCACAUGUCCUAUGAAUUGGACGGCGACUUCAACUGGAAGACCUUGAUGGACGGAUACCAGGAAUGCUACCACUGUCCAACUGCCCAUCCAGGUUUGAACACCGCUUUCAGAAUGGAAACGUACAAAGUGGUGCCUAAAACCAGAUACUGUCGUCACUAUGCUGAGAUUGUAAGAAACGAGCCAAAGGAAGAGAAGGAGCCAGAGCUGGAAUCCUCGUGGUUUGGGUUCGGCAAGAAAAAGGCUGAAACAAAGAAACCAGAGCCAAAGAGAAACCCUGGUGGUGAAUUCAACGGCUUGUGGGUUUACUUGUACCCCACCAACGGUAUCAACUGCUACUCGCCAGCAUGGUACUCAAUUAGAGUGCUUCCAAUCAGUGCUACCAGGACGAUUUUGCAAUAUGACAUUUACACCAAGAAGGGUCUUCCUGAGGACGAAAAGACCGAAUUUGUGGAUUUCUUGCAGUUGGUCGAAUUGGAAGAUUUCAAUUUGUGCCAGUUGACACAGAAGAACUUGAACCAGGGAAUCUACUCCUCUGGCUUUUUGCACCCCCAGAAAGAAAGAGGGGUCUUGUAUUACCAGGGUCUCGUCAGAGAUAUGGUUAAGGAUCAUUUUGCUCUUGAAGAAAAGAGAGGUGGAAUGGUAAACCCAGCGUUUUUGGGUGGUCUGACUAACGAGAGUGUUCGGGAAUUGGAUGAGCUUUGCAACAAGCUUGAAUGUGAUAGUGGAGGAAAGGAAGUGGAGUGGUGA